CUGAUUCACAAGUGAAGCUUGACAAUGGCUUCUGUGGAAAUGGUGUUUCAGACACAUGUCAAAGGUUUAUUAGAUGCAGUUGUUAACGUGUUAGUUGAGGAGAUAACUGAUCUGUUUCGUACAUGCCUUGCAUUGGAGCAAAACACUGACAGUGUUUCUCAUGCAAGUAGUCACAUUGGCUUAGCAGACCCCGCAGAGCUCCAACACAGACUGGGGACAAGUCUUAAAAGUACCCGACAGUCAGGUCCAUCGCCAGGGUGUGAUGAACCGCUGCCCUCUGUCAUAAGAACACCGACCCCCCCUAGUGUCUGCAGACAAGGCAGCAGUCGAGUCCUUCCUCAGUGCAGUUCAGCACAUGAUGCAUGUGUGGCUGACUCCAAGGUAAGGACUGACCUGCCUGUUGUCAUUGAAAUGGUUGAUACCUGCACCUUGUUUCCUGUGCUGACCUCCGGUCAGAAUGAACGGGGGUUGCAACAAGGGCCACUUGAAUUGGGAUCGAAGGCGGUUCCGACAGUGUCUGCUCGAACAGAGUAUGAAAUAGAGAUUAAAGAGGAAAAGCCAUUCACAGGCCAUGAAGGAGAGUUGAAGUUAAAUGACAGCAGCGCACCACUCACGGAGGGGAGUGUGAGCUCUCUUGAGCUCUCUCUCCCUCUCAAGAUGGAGGUAGAAUCCACAGAGUUGGACGAAUGUGGGGGACCGAAUGAGGCUGGGAUUGUGGAUCACACUCCACCUCAGCCCAGCACCCCAGAUGGUCAUCUCGCCUGUCCUUCAGAGUCAGGAAAAGCACCUGAUCAUGCACCACCUGCGGUUGUCAUAGAGGGGGCCAGGGAUGUCAGGAAGGGACUGGAGGAGGUGAAGAGGCCGAAUGAGGAGAUAGAGGACGAAGAGGAGGUGGAGGAGGAAGAUGGGUCCUCUGAUAUCCAGGCCUGCUUGUCAGGGUCGGAGCCCAACAUGACACAAACAUCAUCUGGCCCAAUAGUGGAGGAGGUGGGGGUGUACCCUGAACAGGUUGUAGAGAGAGCAGGAGAAGAUGGAGGAGUUGUACCUCCUCCACUCAGCUGCCCAUCUCCACGACGCACAAGCCUCCCGCUGCCCCCUUGCUACGUGCCACUGGACCGCCUCCCCUCGCGCUUCACCAGCAAGAAGAAAACCCUCCUCGUCUGCCCGGACUGCGCCAAGGUCUUCCGCUGCGCCAAGUCUCUGCACAAACACCGGCGCUUCCACUCCGGCGAGAAGCCGUUCCACUGCCCGCAGUGCCCCCGGAGGUUCAUCCUGCGCAAGAGCCUGCGACGCCACCUGCGGCGGCACACGGGCGAGAAGCCGUACAGGUGCCCACAGUGUGGCAAAGCCUUCCGGCUCCGCAGAGGCCUGGAGAAGCACAAGCACAAGCACGCCCGCCACGCCCACGCCCACGCCAGACCCGGGCCGUGUUAGUGUGGAUACGUAGCUACUGCAAGAGUCGCUUUGGAGGAGGGAUGGAACUCAGAAUGCGCAUGUGAGUCAGUCUCUGAGAUUCUGUGUGUAUGUAUGAUAUAUGAUGUACACAUUUACACUAUGUGUAUGAGAGAGAGUUAUACAUAUCUCUAGUGUUUCUUUGAAGUGUUUUGUUUCACCACAUUGUUUCACCAUGUUUGCAAAUCUAUGAUACAGAAGCUUGUUUACUGCCCUCAUGUGUUCAUAAUUGCAAUUAUAUGCUUUUGAGUGAAUUUGCUGAAAUACAGUAUGUAAUAUUUGAGAGAUUCAAAUAAUUAUGGUUGUUCAGGUAGGAUUUGUAUAGAUUACUUUCUCUACAAUAAACAGUCUUUGUAAUUGUUAUUAAAGUAAUCCUAAUUCAAUAAAUUUUCAACUCCUGUUCUGGAA